AUGUACAACGCCCUGACUGGCCUGGGAGGCUCCGGCCAAGUCGACUCAACAGUAGCAGCCAACGCAACCGUCGCCCUGCUCUCCACAACCGCCGUAGCAUCCCUCUUCUUCGUAGGUCCGAUCCUGUCCCUCGUAGACCCCAAAAUCGCAUUCCUCAUCGGAGGCUGGACCUACGCCCUCUACAGCGGAAGUCUCUUAAACUUCAACCGUACGUUCUCUCCCCCCUUUCCCUUCAAAGACAAACACACCGCAAACGGAACCUUUGUCAUCGCCGCCGGCGCCAUCCUCGGCAUCGGCUCCUCCUUUAUAUGGAUCGUCCAGGGCGCCAUAAUGACAACCUACGUCCACGAGUCGCAAAAGGGCCGCGCCAUCGCCGUCUUCUGGAUCAUCUUCAACCUCGGCGGCGGCGUCGGCAGCCUCGCCGCCUUUGGCCUAAACUUCUCCUCCACCACCGGCACCGUAAACGACGCCACCUACAUCGCCCUCAUGGCCGUCAUGCUCUUCGGCUGGGCGCUGGGCCUCUUCAUCUGCGCCCCGGAGCGCGUCCGUCUCGCGCAGCUCAACGCCGCGACCGAGGCGGAGACUGAGGCAGACCUGCAAGGCGACCUCCAGUAUGAAGAUGAUCCCAUUUGUAUAUACCUAGGAAGACUUUCUUGCCAACGACUAGCAUCAAAAUCGAUUCUUAUAUAGUCUGAAAAGCUCUAUACUCUGGCAGGUAUCUCACAGGUUGGGCCGACAACCGCAGGUUAAAUGCCCAAGACUGAACUUUGAGGCGCGAGGAAGUCUCCCUUUGACUCUGUACUUUGACUGCACAUCUUUCAGACCACUCGGCCCAUGUAAUUCCAGGACAUAAUUUCCAAUACUACAGACCUAACUUACCUCCCGCAAAUCGGACGGUGGUUCGCCCUUCCCU